AUGCUAGCCUAUGCGGGCGUGGGCUGCCGUCAUGAGGGCGACGUGCAUCUCUUGCUCGGCUUGGGACGGGCUCGUGUGCGAACCAGAGCAACGUCGGGCUGCAGCUCUAGACUGCAGCCGGCAGCGGUGCUAAACAGUGGCAUCUCUUACUACAACUCAUCCGCAGCUCGGUGCGACACAGAGUUUUACGAGCCCAGCACUCGAGCCGAAACCAGGAAAGCAGAAAACGAGACCAGAUCAGAUGCACUGCGGCUGCCUCACUGUUCGAGCCUCCGUGGGAAGACCGUGGAGAUGCGUGAGCCUCGGCGUGAGUCUGCGAAGAUCUGCCCGCCGCGUUCCGGAUGUCAGGGAUGGACGGGCGUGGCCUUCCGCGGCAACGCUGUGAAGCCAGUCACAUUGGCGGUCGCACGUCGGUCAUAA